AUGCGCGCCACACUCCUGUCCCUCCUUCCUCUCGCUCUCGCAGCACCAGCCGUACUUCACCGACAAGCCACGAAACCCAUAUACUGGCUCCUAGCCGGUGACUCAACAACCGCCACCAACGGCGGCUGGGGCGAUGCCUUCCUCUCCACAACCGUCGCGGAUGGCUCCUCAGGUCACAACUACGGGCACAGUGGCGCGACAACAAGAUCGUUCCGAGCUGGCGGCGACUGGGCCAACGUGACCAGGGACAUCGGGACGUACAAGGAGGACUACAGGGUGUAUGUGACGAUCCAGUUCGGCCACAACGACCAAAAGCCCACCUCCGGCGUCUCCCUUACAGAUUACCGCACAAAUCUCGCAACCUUCGCCUCUGAAGCCGAACAAGCAGGCGCGAUACCCAUUCUCCUCUCACCCCUCACCCGCCGCACAUUCAACACAACUACGAAACGCGUUAUCGAGAACCUGUCGAACGAAACAGCCAUCACACUCGAUGUAGCCGAGGCCAACGACUUGCACAUUAUCGAUCUGAAUAAAGCAUCGACGGCUUACGUGAAUGCGAUUGGACAGAAGGGCGCGGAUACGUAUAACUGGGGUGAGAACGGCACAACGGGAAAUGAUCGCACGCAUCUGAAUCCGUGGGGUGAGGUGGUGUUUGCAAGGAUGGUGAGUGAUCUGUUGGUGGAGAAGUACGGGGAGGAGUUUGGCGAGUGGACGGUGGGGAAUGAGACAUUGAGUGCGUUGAUCAGGGAUGGGAAGGUGGCUUAG